AUGGAAACUUCUUCUCAAGAAAAUGUGGAAGAGCCCAAUGAAACUAUCAUUGGAUCAAAUGGAGUGACACCAGUGCCUCCAGAAUUCUUCCCAACUUAUUUACCUCUCCCAUUUUCCAUAUGUCCAUCAAAUGCAGCUUCCUUUGAAGAAGUUAAUGGAGCUGAAACAUUGCAUCAUCAGGUCUUCAAGCCAAUCCCGGUCAUUCUCAAGGAACCUUUCAAUGUUGAUGAACUCGUGGGAAUGUCUCAGCUGAGAGUUGGUGAAACACAGGUACGUGAGAGAGUGCCUUCUCCACUUUUCUUAAAAUUGUUAGGAGAGCCCUCAAGGCAGUCAGCAUUUCAUGCAAAGACUCCAGUUGGAGGUUUUGAUAUAUAG